AUGACACUGGCUCUUUGUCUGUAUUGGGGCUGUCUGCUCCUUGUCUGCACGUACGCAGUGCCACGCUCUCCCCCAAACCCGGGCAGUAGUUCUCCUUUAAAGGUGCGUUUGGCAGGGGUCGGGCGCAGAGAGAACGAGGGCCGCAUUGAGGUGCUACACAACAACACAUGGGGAACUGUGUGCGAUGACGAGGUCGACAUAAAACUGGCGAACGUGGUUUGUAAAGAACUGGGCUACCGAGGGGCCAUCACAUGGGCACACAGCGCCAGAUAUGGAGAGGGAGCAGGUCCUAUAUGGAUGGAUAACGUGCGCUGUCAAGGUUCAGAAAAGUCUCUGAAAGACUGCAAGUCUAAUGGUUGGGGAGUUCAUGACUGUAAGCACUCUGAAGAUCUUGGGGUGGUAUGUAGUUCUGAGAGAAGGCUCGACCAAACAGUUCCUGGACUGUCAAGAAGAAGCUCUACAAUAAACAGCAGAGGCAAUGUUACCAUCUUAAACCCAUGGCAAGAUCACUCUCGGCCAAGGGGUUAUACUUCUAUGCAUGGCAAUGCACAUCCACAAGACUUCUCCAGGCAGGGUCAGUCUUCUAGACAUUGGUUACAAAAUCCGUCUGGCAGUAAGGUAAAGAUUGAGGAGGUCCGUCUGCGACCGAUCUUAACGGCUACCAAAAAGCGUGCACUGGUGACGGAGGGUGUGGUGGAAGUGAAACAUGCUGGAAGAUGGAGGCAGGUCUGUGACAAAGGCUGGACUCUGAAUACAAGCAGAGUUGUGUGUGGCAUGCUGGGAUUCCCUGAUGCGGUGCAACCUAACAUGAAAACCUAUAAAAAAAUAUGGGAUAAAAAAGUGAAGGAUCCAUCUACGAGAUUAAGUUUUAUGGCCAAAAAGAAGAGUUUUUGGGUAGAAAAGGUGCACUGCCUUGGUACUGAACCCAGCCUGGUAGAUUGUCAUGCUCAGCUCUCCAUACCACACAGCAACGUUCCAUGUAAAAAUGGACGCCAUGCAGUGGCUCGCUGCAUACCAGGCCCCCAGUUCUCACGUAUGUCCACAGGGAGACCUCAAGCCCCAACCCCAGUCAACCCAGUGGUGCGUUUAAAAGCUGGACCUCGCUUGGGCGAGGGCAGGGUGGAGGUUCUGCGUGAAGGAAAGUGGGGAACCGUGGUUGAUCAUCUCUGGAAUCGCAUCGCUGCUAGUGUGGUGUGCAGAGAACUUGGCUUUGGUACUGCCAAAGAGGCCCUUACUGGUGCAUACAUGGGCCAAGGAACGGGUCCACUUCAUAUAAACUCGGUGAAAUGUACAGGAAAAGAGCGUUCCAUCAUGGACUGCCAUUACCAAGAGGUUCAGCCCUGGACGUUUAAACACACCCAAGAUGUAGCGGUCAAAUGUAACGUUCCAAAGACAGGCUUGGAGACCAUGGUGAGGUUAGCAGGGGGCAGAGAUGUAAGAGAAGGCCGUGUGGAAGUGCUGAUGGAGGUGGGGGGCAGGAAACGUUGGGGAGCGGUGUGCAGUGAGAACUGGGGCAUUAACGAGGCGAUGGUUGUGUGCAGACAGCUGGGCUUCGGCUUUGCUGCUCGUGCCCAUCAGGACACAUAUUACUGGCAAGGAGAUCCUUAUGCUCAGGAGGUGUUGCUGAGUGGGACUCAUUGUGUGGGCUCCGAAUUGUCAAUCCAGCAGUGUCGACGAAACAACAACGUCUAUUGCCCUCGUGGGGGAGGUGUCCGAGCAGCUGGAGUCACCUGUUCAGAGACUGCCCCUGACCUGGUGCUGGAUGCCCAGCUGGUGCAGCAAUCGGCAUACCUGGAGGAUCGUCCUCUUCACCUGCUAACCUGUGCCAAUGAAGAAAAUUGCCUGUCCUCGUCCGCAAGUAGGAUGAACUGGCCUCAUGGACACCGACGCCUGCUGCGCUUCUCCUCCCGAAUCAUGAACCUGGGAAAAGCCGACUUCAGGCCCAAAGCCACACGAGAGUCCUGGACCUGGCACCAGUGCCACAGACACUACCACAGCAUUGAAGUGUUCACACACUAUGACCUUCUCACGCUUAACGGAACCAGAGUGGCAGAGGGGCACAAAGCCAGUUUUUGUCUGGAAGAUACAUUCUGUCCUGAAGGACUUCAAAAACGCUUUUCAUGUUACAACUAUGGAGAUCAAGGAAUUUCUGUGGGCUGCUGGGAUACAUAUCGUCAUGAUAUUGACUGCCAGUGGGUAGAUAUUACAGAUGUCAGGCCUGGAGAUUAUAUCUUCCAGGUGGAAGUUAACCCAUCGUUGGACAUGGCUGAGUCUGAUUUCAUGAAUAACGUCAUGCGCUGUAGGUGCAGAUAUGAUGGCCACAGUGUUUUCAUGUAUGGCUGUCAUGCAGGAGAUGCCUACAGUGCUGAGAUUGAAGACUUGUUUGAACAUCAGCGCCAAAUUACCAAUAACUUCCUUUGA